CGCCCAUCAAGCCCAAGUCCAUGGCCCUUGUGAUCCAGGUGAGGAAACUAAGGCCCAGAGAGGUGAAUACCCCGCAGACUCUCAGUCCCAGUCUCUUCCCCUCACUCCCUGUGAGGCUCUCCGGCCUCAUCGAGGUCCCAUCAGGUGGGGAAAGAUGCUGUUCCAGGUGCACACUGGUCUACAAGGCCAGAGCUUUCUGGAAGGGGGCACCCCUGCCCUGUUGGAUGAGCAGGCACCUCUGGAAGAGCCAACUGUGUGAGAUGGUGCAGCCCAGUGGUGGCCCGGCAGCAGAUCAGGACGUGCUGGGUGAAGAGUCUCCUCUGGGGAAGCCAGCCAUGCUGCACCUGCCUUCAGAGCAGGGCGCUCCUGAGACUCUCCAGCGCUGCCUGGAGGAGAAUCAAGAGCUCCGAGAUGCCAUCCGGCAGAGCAACCAGAUGCUGCGAGAGCGCUGCGAGGAGCUUCUGCAUUUCCAAGCCAGCCAGAGGGAGGAGAAGGAGUUCCUCAUGUGCAAAUUCCAAGAGGCCAGGAAACUGGUGGAGAGACUCAGCCUGGAGAAGCUCGACCUGAAGAGGCAGAAAGAGCAGGCUCUGCGGGAGGUAGAGCACCUGAAGAGAUGCCAGCAGGUAGCCGGGGCAGGGCCAGGUUCUGAAAACCCAUGGUGACGCCAGUGUUCCACGAGGGAACUCGUGGUCGGGGUCUCCCAAAGCACCCCGGGGCUCAGUGCUGUUUUUGAAGAGUGCAGGCUCCUUUUCCUCAGGCGGAAGCUGGCCCAGUUGCAGGUGGCCUAUCACCAGCUCUUCCAAGAAUACGACAACCACAUCAAGAGCAGCCUGGUGGGCAGCGAGCGGAAGCGAGCGGACAUCUACAAGGCGGACUUCCAGGCUGAGAGGCAGGCUCGGGAGAAGCUGGCCGAGAAGAAGGAGCUCUUGCAGGAGCAGCUGGAGCAGCUGCAGAGGGAGUACAGCAAACUGAAGGCCAGCUGUCAGGAGUCGGCCAGGAUCGAGGACAUGAGGAAGCGGCAUGUUGAGGUCUCCCAGGCCCCCUUGCCCCCCGCCCCCGCCUACCUCUCCUCUCCCCUGGCCCUGCCCAGCCAGAGGAGGAGCCCCCCUGAGGAGCCACCUGACUUCUGCUGUCCCAAGUGCCAGUAUCAGGCCCCUGAUAUGGACACCCUGCAGAUACAUGUCAUGGAGUGCAUUGAGUAGGGCCGGCCAGUGCAAGGCCACUAGCUGCCGAGGACAUGCCCGGGACCGUGCAGUCUGCGCUUUCCUCUCCCACCUGCCUAGCCCAGGAUGAAGGGCUGGGUGACCACAACUGGGAUGCCACCUGGACCCCCACCCAGGAGCUGGCCGCGGCGCCUUACGCUUCAGCUCUUGGUCCACUGGUCGCCUCUUUUAGGGUAGAUGCGGCCCUGAUCAGGCCUGACUCGCUGCUCUUUUUGUUCCCUUCUGUCUGCUUGAACCACUUGCCUCGGGCUAAUCCCUCCCUCUUCCUCCACCCCGCACUGGGGAAGUCAAGAAUGGGGGCCUGGCGCUCUCAGGGAGAACUGCUUCCCCUGGCAGAGCUGGGUUGGCAGCUCUUCCUCCCAACGGACACCGACCCACCCACCGCUGUGCCCUGGGAGUGCUGCCCUCGUACCGUGCACACGGGUGCUCUCCUUUUGGGCUGCAUGCUAUUCCAUUUUGCAGCCAGACCGAUGUGUAUUUAACCAGUCACUAUUGAUGGACAUUUGGGUUGUUUCCAAUGUUUUUGUUACCAUAAAUAAUGGCGUAGUAAAAAUCCUUGUGCAUUA